AUGGAUAAUUGUUUUUCUUCGAAAUUGGAUGUUCGAGGUUCUGGAUUUUUCACCUACUUUUAUGAUCUAAAAUUCCAAAAAAUUAUGCAAGAUAUAAAAAAUAAAACUGCUAACGUAAAUAAGAGUAACAAAGAAGCAUUUAGAAAUGUAUGUCGAGAUUUGAGUAAAUAUCUAAUUAAUAAUAAGUUUCCCCCACCACAUUAUAUUAGUCUUAAGGAUAAAUGGGAAGGGGCAUUAAAAAAGUGGUUACAAUCUUACUAUGAAACGAUUAAAAUACAUAAAGAAUGUCCUGUUGUUCUGGAAGAAAAUGAUAUGAAAAUUUUAGAAUUAAAAUAUGAUGAAGAAGAUUUUUGUGAAAAAAGAAAUACAUAUCUUAAUGAAAUAAGACAGUUAAAACCUGGAACCUUAAAGACGUGUAAUGAGGAGUAUUUAAAAAAAUGUAACGAAUAUAAGGAUUGGAUUAAUGAGAGGAAGGAACAUUUUGACAAAAAAGUAAGCCCCAUUAAAAGUUGUUACAGAAAAGAACUAAUAAUGGGUAAAAGAGGGAAAAAACAAGAAUCAUUAUGCAAUAUACUCAUAGAAGAAACCUUUAGAACAUCAUCAGAUUGCGCGCUCAUCGAUCAAAAUCCAACUUGCAAAAACUUACAAGAAAAAAAAAAGGAAGAUUUACAAGAAAGUCAAAAAACAGCUGAAUAUCCAUCUAAACCUGAAGUACAAAUAGAACAAUUCUCUUAUACUUUACAAGAAGUGAUAACUAAAGAUUCACACAAAUCUCCAACUACAGAGAAAACUUCCCAGGAAAUUCAACCUCAACUUCAAGAUAAAUUGGAAACUGAAGCUCCAAAUCCUCAAGAUAAAAGUAAAGAAUCUGAAGCUAUACAAACUACUCAAGAUAAAAUAUCAGAAACACAAAUACAUGAUACUGAUGAUGACGCAGUAUUAACAGGCCCUAAUUCACCAACAAUUUCAGAUUCUGCUAUGUCACCAGAAACUCAAUCUCCUAAAAGUCAUGCAUUAAAAGCUGAACCCUCAAUUCCUUUCGCACCUUCAGCUAGCUUUGCUGAACCCCCUAAAAUUUCAGGGUUGUUUAAAAAAAAAAAAAAGAUAAAAAGAAGACCUGUGAAAUUUCUAAGAAUAUUAUAUCCUUUAGUUUCUUGGAAAAAAGGUGAAUUCUUAGCACAUGAUCAUUUAGAAAACACAUUAUAUGAUAACGAAGAAACUAUAAAAAGAAUAAAAAUAAAAGAGCAUAACAUGAAUUAUAAUGUAAAUGCAACGACUCCAAGAAAGGAUACAUACAAAACUAUUAUAGAAGUACAUAUGGAAGUACUAGAAAAAUACAGAAAUGAAGAAUGGAAACACAAAAAAGAAGAAUUUAUAAAAAUAUUUCUAGAAUUGUUCACAGAAGAGGAAUACCCAACAUAUCCUGAUAUAACUAAUGACGAAUUAAUAGAGGAAGAUACUAAAAGUAUUAAUGACAUUGAAAAACAAAAACUUCUAUGGAAUAAAUUCAAGAAAGAACAUGAAAAUAUCUCUGAAAAAUUGAAAAACACAGUCUGGUUUAAUAAUUUAAAAAAUGAUUGGAAAAAAGAACAAGAUAACUUUAAAAAAAAAGAAUUAAAAAGGAAGAUUUCAGAUAGAAAUCUAACUAUUCCAUAUUUAGAAAAAGAAAAAGAUAUGUGGAGAAUGUGGAUAUCAAAAAAUAGUAUAAUUAUUAAGCAAUAUAUUGAACAAAACUUGUUUAAUUAUUUGACAGAUGAACUCCAGAAUAUAUCAGAUAAAUAUGAAUAUGAAGAAACUAAGGAUAAUUUUCUAUUAAUAAAUAUAGGAGAAUUAACCAACAGAAAAGGUUAUCAACAAUUAUAUAACUAUAUUAAAAAACAAUUACUAAAAAAACUUUGCAUCUUCGUGCUUAUAUUAGUAUUAGAAGAAUGCAAAAAAGAGCAGGAAUUUGAAAAUAGAGAAACCUAUUUGGACAGUUCUAUAAGUGCAUACAUGGAAGGUAAAAAAUCAGAUGGUAAACCAGAUUCUAUAGAAAACAUGAGUGAGUUUAACGUAAAUGUUUUGGAAAAUAAAGAAUAUCUGGGUUAUACGGUAGAUGACGGAUUUAGCAUAGAGAUAGAAAAUUGGGUUGGAUAA